CGCCGGCGCUGCCCGUCGCGCUCUCCACCCCGCUCGUCCACUCACCGUCGUUGCUUUCGCCGAACGAUCCCGCAGGCUGGGAAGCGCCGGGGACGCUGCCGCGGCUUCUGUUGUGAUCGGAAGCUAGCGCCGCUCAGAUCUCCGGCCGGCGGCCGUAUAGACAGGCAGGGGCGGCGGCGGUCGUCGUCUCGGCGGCGGCCAUGGACAACGGCUCCUCGUCGCCGGCUUCGUACAUCAGACUGGUGCAGCAUCUGAUCGAGAAGUGCAUCUGCUACAACAUGAACAAGGAGGAGUGCAUGGAGACGCUGGAGAAGCACGCCAAAAUCAUGCCCGUCAUCACAUCCACCGUGUGGAAGGAGCUGGAGAAGGAGAACAGGGAGUUCUUCGAGACGUACAAGAAGGAUCGAGGAGAAGAUUCCACGCGGAAGAAUCCUCCUGACGGUGGGUCUGCUUCUCCUUCCAAGAGCUCAGCCGACGACGACGACCAGUAGGACGACCCGCUCUCAUGUGUUACCGUCGAUGCAUGCAUGGUACCAUACAUAUAUAUUGAGAGAGAGCUCUAUGCAUGGAGUAGCUAGCUAGCAGUAAUCUGGUUUAUAUAUCACUGUCAGCAUCACCAGUACUGUAAUUAUGUGUGCUUGUGUAUAUUGGGUAGUAGAUUUAAUUACAGCCCUGCAUCAGUUCACUCGGA